CCCAGCGUCACUGGAAAGCCGCCCGAGCCGCCCGGCGGCGGGUUAUUUAUAGAGCUGGCUGCGCGCGCGUCACGGAGCCCGGCCCGGCUGACGGGGCCGCUGACGCGCUUAGCCGCGGGGCCGAGUCCGCGGGGCUGCGCGCCCGGCGCCGGUGACAAUGGGCUUCUGUGUGUGCAGCUGCCGCCGCCGCUGGGGGUCGGGGGAGGGGGGCGGGCGGCCGCUCCCUGACCCCCCCCCCCCUCCCUCCCGCCCUCGACUUCCCCGAGAGGUAACCGGCCUCUUCUGCCCCUGGCCGGGCCCCGGGCCCCCCAAGCCCCCCUCACCAGCAGCUUCUACCUUUUUUUUUUUCGUUUUCUUUUCUUUUCUUUUUACCAGUAAGUUCCCCUGGGCCCAGCCUCCCCGCUUCCACUUUCCCCGUCUUCCCCUCUUCCCCCCACCCCCAACAUGACGAGAGAGGGGGAUUUAGCCGGCCGGGGGCGGCCACUUUGUGCGUCCCGGGGAGCGGGACCCGCACAAGGCGCGCCUGCGGGGGAUGCGGUGACCGAGGGGCCGGGAGCGCCGGGCAGGGAGGAGAUCCGACAGGCUGGACUCCCCAUUGCUUUUCUAAAAAUCUUGGAAACCUUGUCCUUCACUGAAUUACGACACUGUCCACCUUUAAUUUCCUCGAAAACGCCUGUAAUUCGGCUGAAGCCAUGCCUUGUGUUCAGGCGCAGUAUGGGUCCUCGCCUCAAGGAGCCAGCCCCGCUUCUCAGAGCUACAGUUACCACUCUUCGGGAGAAUACAGCUCCGAUUUCUUAACUCCAGAGUUUGUCAAGUUUAGCAUGGACCUCACCAACACUGAAAUCACUGCCACCACUUCUCUCCCCAGCUUCAGUACCUUUAUGGACAACUACAGCACAGGCUACGACGUCAAGCCACCUUGCUUGUACCAAAUGCCCCUGUCCGGACAGCAGUCCUCCAUUAAGGUAGAAGACAUUCAGAUGCACAACUACCAGCAACACAGCCACCUGCCCCCUCAGUCCGAGGAGAUGAUGCCGCACUCCGGGUCGGUUUACUACAAGCCCUCCUCGCCCCCGACGCCCACCACCCCGGGCUUUCAAGUGCAGCACAGCCCCAUGUGGGAUGACCCAGGCUCCCUCCACAACUUCCAUCAGAACUACGUGGCCACCACGCACAUGAUCGAGCAGAGGAAAACGCCCGUCUCCCGCCUCUCCCUCUUCUCAUUUAAGCAGUCGCCCCCCGGCACCCCCGUGUCUAGCUGCCAGAUGCGCUUCGACGGGCCCCUGCACGUCCCCAUGAACCCAGAGCAGGCGGGCAGCCACCACGUGGUGGACGGGCAGACCUUCGCUGUGCCCAACCCCAUCCGAAAGCCCGCGUCCAUGGGCUUCCCAGGCCUGCAGAUCGGCCACGCGUCACAGCUGCUGGACACGCAAGUGCCCUCGCCGCCGUCGCGGGGCUCUCCCUCCAACGAGGGGCUGUGCGCCGUGUGCGGCGACAACGCGGCCUGCCAACACUAUGGCGUGCGCACCUGUGAGGGCUGCAAAGGUUUCUUCAAGCGCACGGUACAAAAAAACGCAAAAUACGUGUGUUUAGCAAAUAAAAACUGCCCAGUGGACAAGCGGCGCCGGAAUCGCUGUCAGUACUGCCGAUUUCAGAAGUGCCUGGCUGUUGGGAUGGUCAAAGAAGUGGUUCGCACGGACAGUUUAAAAGGCCGGAGAGGUCGCUUGCCCUCGAAACCGAAGAGCCCACAGGAGCCCUCUCCCCCCUCGCCCCCGGUGAGUCUGAUCAGUGCCCUCGUCAGGGCCCAUGUCGACUCCAACCCGGCUAUGACCAGCCUGGACUAUUCCAGGUUCCAGGCGAACCCUGACUAUCAGAUGAGUGGAGAUGACACCCAGCAUAUCCAGCAGUUCUAUGAUCUCCUGACUGGCUCCAUGGAGAUCAUCAGGGGCUGGGCCGAGAAGAUCCCGGGCUUCGCUGACCUGCCCAAAGCCGACCAAGACCUGCUUUUCGAGUCUGCUUUCUUAGAACUGUUUGUGCUGCGAUUAGCGUACAGGUCCAACCCAGUGGAGGGUAAACUCAUCUUUUGCAAUGGGGUGGUCUUGCACAGGUUGCAAUGUGUUCGUGGCUUUGGGGAAUGGAUUGAUUCCAUUGUUGAAUUCUCCUCCAACUUGCAGAAUAUGAACAUCGACAUUUCUGCCUUCUCCUGCAUUGCUGCCCUGGCUAUGGUCACAGAGAGACACGGGCUCAAGGAACCCAAGAGAGUGGAAGAACUGCAAAACAAGAUUGUAAAUUGUCUCAAAGACCAUGUGACUUUCAAUAAUGGGGGGUUGAACCGCCCCAACUAUUUGUCCAAACUGUUGGGGAAGCUCCCAGAACUUCGUACUCUUUGCACACAGGGGCUACAGCGCAUUUUCUACCUGAAACUAGAAGACUUGGUACCACCGCCAGCAAUAAUUGACAAACUUUUCCUGGACACUUUACCUUUCUAAGACCUUCUCCCAUGCACUUCAAAGGAACUGGAAAGAAACCUAAAAGUAUCCAGAGGGGGCAAGUCACAAGGCAGAGAUACCCCCAUGAGCUGUCUCAGCUCUAGCUGGCCCCCACCCCCUCCAUAAAACCCCAGCCCCUCGAUCCCUAAAGAAAACAAAAACAAAAACAAAAAAACAAAACAAAAACAACAAAAAC